AUUUGUUGAACUAGGCCUGUAACCAUACCUUUACUUCGAACUCCGCACCCUUCAAGAGUAUAAAAUCUGGAGCGUCCCACUGUCUGACUUUCGAUCCACCGACUAUCAAUCCUCAUCACCACCAGAUCAAGAUCAAAUCAUCUUUCCAUCUUCACCUCUACCUGCUAAAAGCAAUGGCACCAUUCAAAUCCUCCAUGCUUGCGCUGAUCGCCUUCUCAGGCAUGGCGUUGGCCUUGCCAACCCCGAAUGCUGGGGCCGCUGCUCAAGCCUUUACAAUCAUCUCUGGUGAUGGCAGCGCUUAUCAGGACGAUGUCAACGCUGCGAGCUCGGGAGAUGUGCUUGGCAAACGAGUUGAUGCUACUGAAGCGCUAUUCAAUGGCAACUUCAAUGUCAAGUCCAGCGCCUACCAGGACGACAUUGAGGCUGCUAGUCAGGCCGAUGUGCUUGGCAGGCGAGCCAACACUGUCGAGGCGGUGUUUGAUAACAACUUCAACGGUGUCAAGUCCAGUGCCUACCAGGACGACAUUGAGGCUGCUAGUCAGGCCGAUGUGCUUGGCAGGCGAGCCAACACUGUCGAGGCGGUGUUUGAUAACAACUUCAACGGUGUCAAGUCCAGUGCCUACCAGGACGAAAUUAAGGCUGCAGAUUCAGCAGAAGUGCUUGGUAGACGCGCCGAUGCUGCUGCUGCGGCUGCGGCUGUGUUUGAUAACAAUUUCAACAAAGUCAAAGCCAGCGCCUACGAGGACGACAUUGAGGCUGCAGAUUCAGCGGAGGUUCUUGGUGAGGCUGCAAAGUAGCUGCGCAGUGCCGAUACGACGCUUUACCGGCACUGAGCGUGAUUGGUAUCAGAACGCUCUUCGUGAGAGUAAUAGGCAUAUGGGGCGUCGGGAUAUGGGGCGACAAUCUGAAUCAUAGUGAAGAUGGAAUGAAC